AUGAAAGUUAAUCCAAUCAGACUGAAUACUCAAAUAAUAAGUGUAACCAACAUAUUCCUGGUGAACCUGUCAGUGGCAGAUCUGCUGGUGACGCUGUUCUGCAUGCCAGUGCAGAUAGCCAAGUCCGUCACGCUCAUAUGGUACUUCGGUGAAGUCAUGUGCAAGACUGUCAAUUUUCUUCAGGGUGUAGCUGUAGCAUCAAGUGUAUUCACAAUCACCGCAAUGUCAGUAGACCGGUAUCUGGCCAUCACCCAGUCACUCAGACAACCCUGGAUGCCCUCCAGGAGAGGAGCGUGCAGUCUCCUGGUGCUACUCUGGUUACUAGCAUUAGCGAUCUUCGCACCACUAGUAGCCGUGACAGCUGUCGAGAGGGAGCCAGUGCCCUACAUGUCCAGGACAAGGAAUGGAUCGGUAAGUUAA